AUGCCUUCUGCCUCCGACGUCGACGCUGUAAAUGCUACAUUGCGUUUCAUCGAAGACGAGCCCAAGUGGAGGCACGAAAAGCCAUACUUGAUUCUCAGCCACGGGCUGGACAGUGAGUGUCCGCAGACAAAUGUAAACUUCGUUGAACGUACUCGGGUGAUCAAAGACCUCCGGACAACAGAUCCAGACAAGGUAUUGGGACCAGAUUUAUUCCAUCUAGUCAACCAUGAGAGCAGGCAUCUCAACAGCGUUCAGCAGGAAGACAACAAUAAUACAUAUGUUCAUGAGACUGUUGAACUGCUAGAACGUUUAUAUCAGGCGGAUUGCGUGGUCGCAUAUGACGUACGGUUCAGAAGAAGCCACGAAAGCGUGGAAAAGCUCGAAGCUUACUCUCCAGGCACAUUCCGAGAACCAGACCUCCCUUCUUAUCGAGCACAUGUCGACGUUUCUAGAGACUGCGGGCCACGGCGAGUCAGGCGUUAUUUGAGCGAGAAGGAAGCCCAUACUUACCUUGACGGAGGCAUCAACUGGCGCGUCCGUAUAGUCAAUGUCUGGCGUCCCCUGUGCCCUCGAGUUGAAGACACGCCGCUUGCGUUUUGUGCCCCUGGCACCGUCAGCACGAAUGAUCUAGUGGCCGUGGAUCGCCCUUCAGAGCGUUUUGACGGAGAGAUGUACCUUCUCAAGGACCAGCCAGACCACCAAUGGUACUAUUUGAGUCACCAAAGCCCCAAAGAGGUGUUUGUGUUCGUCUCGUGGGACAGUGAUGCUGCUGAUGGAACCAUAUCAGGGUUGCCUCACAGCGCUUUUGAUCUUCCGAAACACGACAGCUCUAGCGUUCCACGCGAGAGUGUCGAGGUCAGGACAGUCGUGAUCCAAAGGAAGAAUCAAGACUGA